AACUCUCGAGACUCAACUCACAAGUAAUAAAGUAGAAUUCGAUUCCCACCCAAACAGAAAGAAGAAAAGGAACCACCGUGAGUCUCUAUCCUUCUCAGAAGUCUCUGUAUUCUGAAACAGUGAAACUGCAAGAGAGCCUUCAUGGGUGGUGGUAGAACCAUUCCUCCAGGUAGUGAUACAGGGGAAGAAGACUCCUCACUGGACCAGGUUUCCUCCCAGCUUUCGUCUCCACUUCUCAGAAGUGAAUUGAGCAUGGGGGCUGAGGAUGGGGCUGUGGAUAAGGAUAGUCGGAGUGGUUCGGUAUUUGGAGACUAUGCCAGACUGCGUGCUUGGGAAGCCAAUCAGAGGAUGAGGGAUGAUGUUUAUAGGAAGAUUAUGCAGAGUGGUGAGUCAUCAAGGAUUCGAGGCAAACAUUUGAAAGAGGCCAAGGACAAAAUACUGAGUUAUACCCCUGGGGCAUGGAUUGGGACUGCAGGUGCCAUGAAAAGGAGGGAAUAUGAUGUGCCAAAGACGACAACACUAUUGUUGGUUGGUCCAAAGGGAUCUGGGAAGAGUAGUCUUAUAAACAGAAUCUCAAAGGUGCUUGAAGAUGACAAGUUUGCAUCAGAAAGAGCACAAGUCUCAUACAAUUCAUCUGUUGGAGAUGGAACCCUUUUCCUCCAUGAAUAUAUGAUGCCAAGAGGGUCAACUUCGUUUUGCAUCUAUGAUAGUCGUAGUCUGUCUGACGAUUCAGCUGAAAACAUAAAAUUUCUGAAGGAUUGGAUAGAAAAUGGUGUUCGUCACGGGGAGCUUGCUAUUAGGGAUUCAGACAAUCAAAGUUUGAGGACUGCAAUGAUGUGCAAAGCUCAUGACAAUGUUGAUCUUUCCAGUGCGAUCAGGAAGGUUAACUUUGUCAUAUUUGUCGUUAAUGGCCUUCCAGUUCUGGAAGCACUGGAAAGUGAGGAAGAUGCCAAGACUCAAUACACUCAAAUGAUUGCUUCCAUGUUCAACUGCCCUUUCUUGGCAUUUAAAGAUGAUAAACCUGCUGUUGUUAUCACUCAUGGUGAUCUGCUUUCACAUGAUGAACGUGCUCGUGUUCGUCUCUUUUUGGGAGAACUAUUGGGUAUUCCACCUACAACUCAAAUAUUUGACAUCCCAGAAAGCAGCGAUCCAGUAACUGAAUCCACAACAAUUGACAUGUUACGCUAUUCACUUGAGCAUGCCGAGAAAAAUUAUACUCAUAAGAAAAAGGUUCCUACUGUAUUGCUAUUGCCAUGUAUGCUCCUGUUAAUGCUUCUUGGAACUGCCAUCAAUAUAUGGUGUAUGUAUCAUCAUGCACAUAUUCAGCAGGGUCCAUCUGCCCUAUCGGCUAUUCAGCACUGUCAGUUCCCCCAAGCACAUAUUCAACACUGUUCUUUUCCCCAUGCUCAUAUUCAGCAUGACCAUGGCCCUUUGCCUGAAGAACAUGAUCAGAAAGAACCUUUGCCUGAAGAGCACAUUGAGAAAGAACCUUUGCCCGAAGAAGACAUUCAGCAAGAUCCUUUGCCGCAAGAACAUAUUCUACAAGAUGCUCAAGAGCAGGUUCAGCAGGACACUUUACCCCUAGAGCAAGUUCAGCAGGACCCUUUGCCCCAAGAGGAUGUUCUGCAAGAUCCUUUGCCCCAAGGCCAUGUUCAGCAAGACCCUUUGCCCCAAGACCAUGUUCAGCAAGACCCUUUGCCCCAAGACCAUGUUCAGCAAGACCCUUUGCCCCAAGAACAGGUUCGGCAAGACCCUUUGCCCCAAAUGCAUAUCCUGCACUGCACUUCUUUGGAAGGCCAUGUCCAGCACGAUUCUAGCCCUUCGCGCGAAAUGCUUACUCAACAUGGCCCUUCAUCCUCUUUGGCCUCUUCAAAUCCUUUGUCCCUUACUGUUCCUUCGCCUCCUUCAGUCCCUUCUGCUAAUAUUGACGGCUCUCUGCCCCAAGAAAAUAUUCAAGACGGCUCUUUGCCCUCUUCUCCCCUAGAACAUGACCCUUCACCCCCUAAUCCCUCAUCCUUGCGAACUCCACUUCAUCAUGGUCCUUUGCCCCGAGUGCAAGCAGAACUUGAGAAAAUUAAAACUAAAGUUGAGACCCGAGUGCAAGCAGAACUUGAGAAAAUUAAAACUAAAGUUGAGAAAAUUCAGACGCAACAUUGGAGUAAAAUCCGCCAUUUGUAUCUAGAUGAAGAUUCUAAGACACAUAUUGAUUGGAAGAAGAUUCGACAUUUGUAUCUAGAUGAAGAUUCUAAGAUGCGGAUAUCUUGGAAGAAGAUUCGACAUUUGUAUCAAGACGACUGAGACAUCGUCGAUGACUACUUCUAGUUCUGUCACUUCUGUGUAGACAGAUUGCGAGUUGCAAAGACUACCUCUAAAUUUUUGUUC